AGCCAUGUCGGCUCAAGCCAUACGUUGGCUAUUUCUAUCGAGCUGGAGGUUCGAUGAAGGUUCGAUUGUCGACUAGCUUCGUCGUUGGAAGGCGGUUUAGCAUGAACCUUGCACGAACAGAAUGCGCACCAAUCGGGAGACACGGGUGACUUAAGAUAUGCUCGACCUAAACUGUUAUGCCCGACGUUUGAUCAUCUGUGUCGCCGUCGUCAGAUACGUCGCGACGGCUUCAGGCAAUGGGGAAACCGCAAAAGUUGCAGCCUGGGAGUUGCGCGGGCCAGUCCUGGAGUGGCAAGGAUUAGUGCCAGCGAUCAGGAGGCUUGGGGCGCUCGCCCGGAAUAGGACAGAGCGCCUUGCUUUGGGGGAUGAGGAUCAGUUUGAAGGUGGGCCAUUCUCCUUGUACCUUCCCCUCACCAGCAUUUCCACGGAUACACAGCAAGCAAGUGCAAACCCUAUCUUGUUGUUGCUUAUGGCCUUGAAGGUUUUCGCACCACCUGGAACGGAGACCGCCGAGUUUUGGGUACAAGACAACUCCGUUCAGACGCCACCGCAGCCGCACUGGGAUCACCUCACUUGGAUGCUCAAGCGACAAGGGCGCUUAGUCAUGCCUUUGGCAGCCUCAGUCCUCUUUCUUGGCGACCAUGGUACGCCCACAAUCGCCACCAGCAACCGCAUCCUCCCUGCCAUGACAGAUUCAGACCCGCUGGAGCAGAUCGACGACAAGCUUCGGUCCAUUUCGCCUGCGUCUUUGCGUGAGGCCUGGCUGCUUUUCCCGCAGCGCUUCCGGUAUCUUCUUUUUGACGGCGCGCUGCUGCACGGGGUGUUGGACCCUCGCUCCUGCUGCGAGGAGCUCGCCGGGCGCGGGGCCUCCAACUCCCAGGAACGCCGCCUCACGUUUUUGGUCAACUGGAUCGGAAAGAGCUCCCGGCCUGUGGCGCCAGCCACGUCUUUCCCCUUGGCGAGGAAGCUCAUAGAUGCAGCCCUCAUGGACAUCGAUUUCAGCCAGUUCCCCAAAGAGUCUUCGGCCUUGUCGUCGGUUGAGGGGCUGCCGGUGCAGGUGAUCCACCAUCCAGAGUGGGUACCAGGAGGCCGUGGGCGAUGCAAGGUCACGAUCAGACCGAACAGUGCGAUCCAGGAAGGGCGCAAGUUGGCCGCCUGGCUUCCAUGUCCUUCUGACGACCUCUCAGCCCACGCGUUGCACCAUGCCACGUGGUCUUCUGCAAGCGGCGGCGAGGGUUGCCCCCUGCAUCAGGCACCCGAGGAAGAGGAGGGGGGUACAUGCGACGCCCUUGUGACGGUCGACAGCUUGCCAGCAGCGCAGCACGCGCAGGGCCACUACUUGCGGCAGCUGUCUCUGGUGGGAGGCCGGCCGUGGUACAAAGGCCCCGCGCACCACUUCCUCUGGUUCUGCUGGGUGCUCGGCGAGUGGCUGCUGAGUACAAGCUCCCCUCGCGAAGCUGCCGAAGAGGGUGACGCGGGGGGAGACAUGUGCCCACGCUUCGCCAAUGCGCCAGGAGACGAUGUUCUUCCAUUUGAUACGGGCGCCAAGCCGUGGUAUCUCUGGUCCCCAGCGGAGGAGUCCUGGGUCAGUGCUCCGGGCAUAUCCGUGACAUGCCACCAGCCACAAAGCAACAACACAAUCAUGCCAGAUGUUGUGCACUCGGAGCUCUAGGAUAGAUGGGGCGCCCAAGAAGAUUCGCACCUCUUCUUGCUGGAACUCGUGCAAUUGUCUGACGUGUACGCCAAGCAUUCACUAGUGAGUAAAUAUUUGACCUGAAUUUGUCCAGCGCGAAAGCAAAAUUAUCUAGGUGCCUCGAUCUUUCCCGAAGUCGAUCGCAGCGCACCUUUGAGCAGAA